AUGCCUUCUGAGACACCCCAAGCAGAAGAGAGGUCUGCAGGCUGCCCCCACCACCUCUCAGGGGCAGCCCUGGGGAAAGGGAGCCUGGAGAAGGAGCCUCCGGGAGACACGGAGGACAAGGAGGUCCUGUGGAUCCGUCCCGAUGCCCCGAGCAGGUGCUCCUGGCAGCCGGGCAGGCCCGUCACCAACUCUCCACAUCACCACACUGCUCUGGCAAAAUCUCCCAAGAUCUUGCCAGACAUCCUGAAGAAAAUUGGGGACACCCCGAUGGUGAGGAUCAACAAGAUAGGAAGGAGCUUCGGCCUGAAGUGUGAGCUCUUGGCCAAGUGUGAGUUCUUCAACGCGGGCGGGAGCGUGAAGGACCGCAUCAGCCUGCGAAUGAUUGAGGACGCCGAGCGCGAGGGGACCCUGAAGCCUGGGGACACCAUCAUCGAGCCGACGUCGGGGAACACAGGGAUCGGGCUGGCCCUGGCCGCCGCGGUGAAGGGCUACCGUUGCAUCAUCGUGAUGCCAGAGAAGAUGAGCACUGAGAAGGUGGACGUCCUGCGUGCCCUGGGGGCCGAGAUCGUAAGGACGCCCACCAACGCCAGAUUCGACUCCCCUGAGUCACAUGUGGGCGUGGCCUGGAGGCUGAGGAACGAGAUUCCCAAUUCUCACAUCCUGGACCAGUACCGCAAUGCCAGCAACCCUCUCGCUCACUACGACAUCACGGCCGAGGAGAUCCUGCAUCAGUGUGACGGGAGGCUGGACAUGCUGGUGGCGUCGGCGGGCACGGGGGGCACCAUCACGGGCAUCGCCAGGAAGCUGAAGGAGAAGUGCCCUGGAUGCAAGAUCAUUGGGGUGGACCCCGAAGGCUCCAUCCUCGCAGAGCCCGAGGGCCUGAACCAGACGGAGCAGACGGCCUACGAGGUGGAAGGGAUCGGCUACGACUUCAUCCCCACCGUGCUGGACCGGACGGUGGUGGACAGGUGGUUCAAGAGCAACGACGAGGAUGCCUUCGCCUUCGCCCGCAUGCUGAUCGCGCAGGAGGGGCUGCUGUGCGGCGGCAGUGCCGGCAGCGCCAUGUCGGUGGCCGUGAAGGCGGCCCGGGAGCUGAGGGAGGAGCAGCGCUGCGUGGUGAUCCUGCCGGACUCCGUGCGGAACUACAUGUCCAAGUUCCUGAGCGACAAGUGGAUGCUGCAGAAGGGCUUCAUGAAGGAGGAGGACCUCUUGGUGAAGAAGCCAUGGUGGUGGCACCUCCGAGUUCGGGAGCUGAGCCUGUCGGCCCCGCUGACGGUGCUGCCCACGGUCACCUGUGAGCACACCAUCGAGAUCCUCCGCGAGAAGGGCUUCGACCAGGCGCCCGUGGUGGACGAGUCGGGGGCGGUCCUGGGGACGGUGACCCUGGGGCACAUGCUGUCCUCCCUGCUCGCCGGGAAGGUUCAGCCAUCGGACCAGGUUCGGAAAGUCAUCUACAAGCAGUUCAAACAGAUCCACCUGACGGACCCUCUGGGCAAGCUCUCGCACAUCCUGGAGAUGGACCACUUCGCCCUGGUGGUCCACGAGCAGAUCCAGUACCACGGCCACGGGGAGUCCAGUAAGAGGCAGACGGUGUUCGGAGUUGUCACCGCCAUCGACCUCCUGAACUUCGUGGCCGCCCGCGAGCGGAACCAGGAGACGAAGUCAGGAAGUGGAGGUGCCGGGGCCGCGGCCCAGCUCUGACUACCCCCCAAGGUUGCGCGGCUGUUCUCUUUCGCUUUUUCAUA